UGCCUCCUCCCUCGGCGCCUUAAAAACGCUGUCGGAGCGGCAGACACCCAGUGUUCCGUCCCCGCGGAGCGUCCGUGCCAAGGAGCUACCUGCGAGCCUCGGGCGUCCCCGCCGGCCGGGCAGGAUGGUGGUGUGCGGCCUCGCCUGCUGGAGGUGCCGGUGGCUCCUGCCGCUGCUGCUGGGCCUGGCCAUCAUCAUGGGCAUCAUCGCCCUGGCAGGCAGGGGCUGGCUGGAGUCCGAGUCGGAGCCCUACGUGCAGCAAGCGUCGCUGUGGGAGAGCUGCACGCGGGGCGAUGGGGACCUCAACUGGAACUGCGAAUCCCUCAUGGACUACGGAUGGGGGAGAGCAGCAGCUGCCACGUACCUUGUUGGCUUUGUGAUCCUGGUCAUCUGUUUCGCCCUUGCGGUCAUUGCAUUCUCAAUUGAGAUACUCCGCUUCAACUUUGUGCGAGGAAUUGGAGGCUUGCUCUUUGUUGUUGCUGCAUUCCAGAUCAUAGGCUUGGUCAUCUACCCAGUGAAAUUCGCAGAAGAAAUUCCACUGACAGGAGAUAAUAUGUUCAGCUGGGCCUAUGGCUUUGGUUGGGCCAGCACUGUUGUUGUAAUAGGUUGUGCUUUCUUCUUCUGCUGCCUCCCCAACUGGGAAGAUGAAGUCCUGGGAAACAUCAAGCCUACCUAUUACUACUCUUCUCCAGAGAGAGCACCAUACUUAAAUUGAAAGAUUAAAUCCUAGUACAAUUAACUGUCAAAACAACAGAGGAGCGCCUCUGAUGUAAAUUUGAUGCAAUUACAGGAGACUGAAAAGAACCACCUUAUUUCUCCAGAGUAUUUCCUACUAGCCCUGGCAGUAAAUUAGUAAAAACAUUGGCAUCUUAAAGCAAAUAGCUUUUACCUAAACUAUUAUUUACAUAUUCUCCUGACAAUUCUGUUUAGGUGGUUUACUUGCUCCUUCCCCUCCCAACUAAUUGAAUUAUCCUUUUUUUUUAACACAAAUAUUUGUUCAUUCAUAGUGUUUCAAGUUUAGAAAGGAAGAGGAGAGGAUUUCAAACAAACCAUUACAGGGACCUGCAGGGUAUUUUGUUUUCACGUCUGAAAAAAUUGCCUUAAGUGGAAUUGGGAAAAAACAGCCUUCCAAAGAGUGCUUUGUCUUCCACCAAAGUCGAUCCCAAGGAAGGAACAUCCCCGAGACUAUUGCGGUCACCUACUGCCGCAGAUUCUCUUGACAUUCCUGUUACUGGACUGUUGUUGACUACUAGGUAUUUGAGUUCAGGGGAAAAUAAAAUCUAUUUUCCACCAAUUGGUGCUGUUGGACAGAUCUCCUCUAAAGCAUGGAACUGGUGUAUAAAACAGUGGCUAAUGGAACACUUGCUGGUGGUUUUGUGGCCCCUGCAGGACUUGUGGUGGAGCCAUAUAUAAUCUAAUAUACAUUGUCACAGAAAGAAUCAAUAAACUUUCAGAUGUUAAACUCCAUUUUUACAUGAUAUUUGAGGGAUGCUGAAUUAGAAGAUACCUUAGAGUAGAAACACACUGUUCUUUAUGCUAUUACAGCUGCACUGUAUCAGCUGUGCUUUGGAGGGAAAUGUUAGCGUGAAGUGUUGAAAAGCUCCAGAAGUUUUUUUUAAGCACACUGUAAGUACUCCAGAGUUUAGUAGACUUGGGGAUGCUUCGUGAGGGAUAACAGGUAAAAAUGGAAAAGCAGUUCUGUCAGCAAGUUAUAUAUGCAAACUUCAUACAAAUACCUGUCUUUGAGAGUAAUCUGGCUGGCUCCUAGCUUUUGUUUCUGGAGCCAGUGAUUCUAAAUAAGCAUUCCAACAAGGCAGAGGUGUGCCUCUGUUGGUCAUGGAUUUGCAGCAGCUUACAGCAUAUUUAAUUACAGUCUGUAGUUUUUGUCUGAGCUUUCUUCAGCUGGAGAAGAAGGAAGAGGCUUGUUUGUGAAGCUCCUUUUCCAGUGAUUGGGGGAAGUAGCUCAGACAGAUUUCCAAGGUGGCUAUAGGUAGGGCGGAAAGCAAAUCCUGUGUGUUACUCUGUGUGGGGAGCAGUUGGGAACUUAGUUCUUACUAUGGCGAAGCCAGUACUUGAGAGGGUGUGUGGGUGUAUGUAUUCAUGCACAUGUACAAAACAAAACUUACAAAACAUUGACCAGCAUACUGUAAAGCUAGUCACUUAGAACUAAGCUUUUUCAAUGCCCAGUAUUUCUUGUAUCAUAUUGUAUAGCUUUCUAUUUUGUAACACCUUUUUAAAUUUGGUGGUUCUAUGUCUUGCAUACAAUCUUGUUUUGGAAAGGCAAAAUGAUCUCUGAAGAUCCCUUCCAGGACUACAUUUUUUAAUUUUACAGAGCAUAAACAUCUGCAGACUUCAGAACUGUGUUACAAACUCAGUUGUGGCAUAUCAACUGUAUGUAUUUAUGAUUCUUGCUAAAGAAGAGAAUCCUGUGACAACUGUUUCAUUGUUUUGUUUUCUUUAUAGUACUGGCUGUUGGGGAAUACUGUGUAGACUUACCUGUAUCAUGAACAAUGAUAGUGCCUCUUUCUGGUGAUUUCAAAACAUAGCAGAGAAUCCUAAGUCUGGAAAAUCCUUGCACAGCAAAAGCUGAGAAGGAGAAAAAAAACCCAUAAGAAAAUAGACACCCUCCCUAAUGUGAGGGAGAAUGGUAUGGUAAUAGGGUUUAGCGUAACUUAAGUCUUUUGUAUGUUUGGUUUUUUAUAAGCAUUGUCAUAGCUUGACAAAAAAAGCACAUAUGUAAAAUAAACUUGGCUCUGGAUAUACUGGGAGGGGUAGAAGCAUAGCCAGCAUGUUACACAAUACAGAUGUUUGUGAGAAAGCUAUUGCAAAUAGUCAUUAAUUACACUCAAGUGAUAUUAAUGUAUGUGACACUCCUUUCAAAUGUGGUGGCUUAAUUAAAACUGUUUUAAGUGAUGGCUUUGGAAA